AUGGAGCCGGCGAGCUUUGAAACUGGAGACCCGUCGUCGUCGCCAGCCCGAGAUGGGGCAAAACCCGCCACUGCUACCGCGGGUGACCGCAACAGCGUUGGCAGCGUGGUCCCGCCAUACUGGCAAUCCCACCAGCGCAACGCGUCCUAUCUAAGCAACUACUCUGCUGACAACGGCCGCCCCACUCCCAUCGGCCUCGAGGACCAUACGGAUGAGGGCUCAGACCACUGCAAAGUUCUCUGGGCCAAGGGUGUCACGAUAGAUGAUUACGUUGUCAUCAGCGGCACGGCUGCGGCACCUGGAUUUGGGGCUUAUGUCGUCUUCAAUUGCACGGUCGAGACACUGGAUGGUGGUCCCAUGAAGAUACGAAAGAGAUACUCAGAGUUUGAAGAUCUGCACACAAAGCUGCUCCAGACCUUUCCUCACGCCGCGGGUUCCAUGCCGCACUUCCCACCCAAGUCCGUAAUAUCUCGCUUUAGGCCCCGUUUUCUGGAAAAGCGGAAACAAGGACUUUCGUACUUUCUCAAGUUUGUUUAUCGAUAA